UUGAAGUGAAUGAAGACCGCAGCUUCAAUUGAAUUCGUCUGGUCAAGUCAUUGAUGGUGAUGAUUUGUUGGUGCCUGAGGCAUUAAAUAUUCCGAGUCUCCAUCUGCUCCGAUGACGUUCAACUGUUCAACAACUCAAUCCGACUUCGUUGUCUUGCACUAGAGACUCGUUCUUCUGGAGCCUUACGACAGCUAUUCAUGCAAUCAUGGAUCUCCUACAAACAAUCCGCAAAGAAGGGAGCAGAGGUGGCCGAGCCGAAUUCAAAUGGGAAGAUGUCAAAAACGACGCCCAGCGCGAAAACUACCUAGGCCAUUCCCUCAUGGCCCGUACGUACUCGAUCCCCCACUCAAGAUACCCCGCGACUAACCUCCCGAUCCAGCCGUCGGCCGAUGGCAAAGCGGCAAAGACCUAAACUGGUACGCGAAAGGCGACGAAGCCGACGGGACGUCUGCCGCGGAUGCGCGCAAGGAAGAACUGCGCCGCAUCAAGGAAGCA